UGCUAAUUGCUCCAUUAUCUCCCGUGACCUGUGACAUCAGUCGGAGCGGCAUUGCAAGGUGAUCGCCGUGAUAAUCGCGCCAGUUUCUCCAUUGGCGCUGGUUUCCUGUUACAGUUUCUCUCCAGCUGGUCGCCGCGGAGGACACGAUACAAGAUGCCCGGCAAGACCUCGGAGCAGGACAUCUGCCAAUCGGUUCUGACUUUUGUCACUGACGGCGCGUAUCCUUCUUCCGAGAAGGUCGUUGCAGCGGAGUUCCCUGUUUCGCUUCUAUCAAAGGAAUUGGAACUGCUCUCCAAAGCGAGGGAACAAGUUGAAGCCGAAAUCAACUCUCUUAGCCGCGAGAAUAAUUUCGACGCCGACGACUGGAUCUCUCAGGCGAAACAGCUCCAUGCGGACAUUGAGCGCUCCAGGGUCACGGCCCGGGAGAUUGUGAAGCAACAUGAGGACACCACCCCUCUGCAAUUGAGGGUGGAGGAUGCCGCUGCUAAGGUCGGACUGAUUGAGACUGAAAUCGCUUUCAACCAGGCGGUGACUAGUGCCCUCGAGGAAGUGCAGGGACUCUGUCGGCAACUGGAAGAUGGCCGUUUAGCGCUCGGAGAGGGUCGGAUUAUGGCGGUGAUCGACACGCUGGAGGCAGCUGAACUGGCUAUGAAACAGAAUGACCAUUUCGCGAACACAAACGUCUUACAUAUAUUGCUGGAGAAUGUCGCUGGCCUGCGGAAGCAGAUUGUGGAUGUCCUUCAUUCUCAAUGGAAUGAGCAGCUCAAGGUUGACAAGCGGGAAGGGCAGUUGUUGGUCCAGAAGGACGGCAAGCGCCUCGAAGAAACAAUCGCGGCAUUGAACAGAAUGGAGAUAUUCCCAUCUGCCAGAGACAAGUUCGCAAAGGACAUAAUGGUGGCUUUACUAGAUCCAGUCUUGCUGCGUGGGGACGGUGGUCAAAGCCGUGGGAUUCGUCUCUCUGAAUCGUCAGUUCAAGUCGAAUCGCGGUCAUCUCAGGCCUCCGUUCCAGACGUUCUCGAUCACGUAGCCAACCUUCUCGGCUUCUUGCGACAGGCUGUACCAGCCUCCGUGGUCGAUUCAUUUUCUGAUUUGCUCAUUCCAGCAUUGUCUUCAAAGAUGGUUCAUUCGUGGCUAUCUCCGUCGAUACCCGUCGAGCUAGAAGGACUCAGAAAUUUCGAGCGCAUCCUGGAUGGCGUUAUGAAAUUCACUAGAUCGGUAGAGGGCCUUGGCUGGCAUGGCCAUGAAGAGCUUGUUUCGUGGGUGAACCAAGCCUCUCGACUCUGGCUUGCCAAGCGGAGAGUCAACUCCCUAGACCAAGUUCGCAAAGUUCUCGCUGCGAGUCAAGGCACCACUGAACAGGUGGAAAAGGUCGAAGUGGAGAUGGUUUCUGAAAAAGAUGAAACAGUCUUGGAGAACGCCCCAGCCGACGAUUGGGAUGCCAGUUGGGAUGACGACAAUGAAGGUGAAACCGAAGGCAAGGUAUCUAAAGGUCAAGACGAGGAAGAAGAUGUGAGCGCAUGGGGGCUUGACGAUGAUGACACUGCGGACCAAGACUCAAAGACUCAAACAGGUGCUCCCGCUGACGAUGACGCCGGGGAUGCCUGGGGUUGGGGAGAUGACGAUGAUGAAGUUCAGCCCGUAAACCAGCCACAGCCCGGCAAACCGCAAUCUGGUCGCCCUGUUCAUGGCAAAAAUGGAACGCAGCCCAAACCCUCGAGGGAGGUUACUCUGACAGAAAGAUACACUAUCACAGAUAUACCUCAUUCUAUCUUGGAUAUCAUCAAACAACAGAUCCUUGAUUCUCAGGCUAUUACUCGACCCGAACACUCACAUUCGCGCGUUGUAUCGUCUGGAACGGGGUUGCUUGCCCUUCCAACCUUGAUCCUGGCCAUGUUUAAAGCGACUGCGUCAUCCUUUUAUGACCAUAAACUCAAUGCCGGUCAGAUGUAUCUAUACAAUGAUACCCAGUUUCUUACCGGUGAACUGCGUGCAAUCAUGGAGGAGCAUCAGCUCACACGGCUACAAGGUGACAUUGACGCGAUGGAAAAAUUUGGCAAAUUCGCAUACAGCAAAGAGAUGCAGACUCAGCGCACCAUUGUGACCGACCUACUCGACGGCGCCCAAGGGUUUGCACAAUGUUCUGAACAACCAUACCUGGGCGAGUGUGAGAAUGCGGUCGCUGCCACCGUUGACAGAAUUCGUGGUGUUUAUGCGGAAUGGCAGCCAAUUCUAUCCCAUUCAGCACUACUACAAUCAGUCGGCUCAUUGGUCUCGACUGUGAUUAGCAAAAUGAUCAUUGAAAUCGAGGACUUGGGUGACAUCUCAGAGCCUCAGUCGCAGCGACUGGUAUCGUUUUGCAACCAGGUUUCAAAGCUGGAAGAUCUGUUCAUGCCCGAAGCCAAUGACAACACUGAGCGUGUACCCAUGACAGCCGUCUACGUGCAAACUUGGCUGAAAUUCCAAUAUCUCAUCAAUAUUCUUGAGAGCUCACUGGCCGACAUUAGGUUCCUCUGGGUUGAGGGUGAACUGCGCCUGGAGUUUUCACCCGAAGAAGUGAUCGAUUUGAUUGAGGCUCUGUUUGCUGAAUCCGAAUAUCGACGAAAAGCGAUCGCGGACAUCCGACGAGAAUCGAGGGGUUAGUGGAUGGAUUUGAGUUGCAGAGGAAUUUAUGUAUAUAACAAAUCGAGUAUCUACGCCAUUGGCGCAAUGUUUGUUUGUAGAUCUUCUGUUAUCAGCAUCAAGGCGG